ACGGAAAUCACUUUGGAAUGAUUCAUUCGGUCGAUGUAAACACCAGAGCGCAACUGUGUCAGUCAUUAAACCUCAAACUUUCGAACAACAUGUGGGGACAAUUGAUCAUCGCUUUAGCCUGUGCGUCGAAGGUUUUAGCGCAAGACUGUGUGAUCCCAUCCGGUUCGCAGUUCAGCAGGGCUACUUACCGUCCGUAUCACGUCGGGCGAAAGACCUUCUACAACGCCGGAGAGCGGCUUAUUGUCGGCACGAAGAUCAGGGUGGUAUGUAACAAGGACCGUCAAGGAGAUGCUGUUUUAAAGGUCAGCAAUCAUGUAUGCAGCGCCGGAAAUUGGAAUCAACCACUUCCGGUUUGCCAAGAAUAUAAACGAUGCAUAGCGCCCCCUAGGGUUGAGAAUGCCACAGCGUCCGAAAGAAUCAAUCCCUACAUAACCUUUCCCCACCAGACUGUUGUAACCUACAAAUGUAACGCAGGCUUCGAUAAGCGUGGAAUGACGUCGAAUGUUACGUGCGUUGACGGCGAAUGGACGUCACACGACAUCAUUUGCGAUACAUCCACCACAGCCCCAACAACAACCACAUACACAACAACGACCACACCUAUAACAACCACCACGUCAACAGCAACCACCACACUUUCAGCAACUUCACCUAUAACAACCAAUUCACCGAAAACGACCACUACAUCUACAACAACCACCACACCGUCAACAACCACAAAACCUUUAACAACCACCACACCUAUCACAACCACUACAUCUACAACAACCACCACAUCCACCAUCACAACCACACACAAGGCAACGAUGACGUCGGAGAAAAAAGAGAAUACUGAAAUAACUACUCAAACUAACUCUAAACACUGCGGAGCGCCCCCUAGGGUUGAGAAUGCCGCACUUUCCGAAAGAAUUACGCCCCAUAAAACUUUCCCCCACCAGACUGUUGUCCAUUACAAAUGUAACGCAGGCUUCGUUGAGCGUAGAACCACGUCGUUCGUCAAGUGCGUGGACGGCAAAUGGACGUCAACCGACGACAUUUGCGUUGAUAGAAAAAACGAUGACAUCGGAGAAAAAGAGAAUAUAGAAAUAAUUACUCAAACUAGAAAGUUUGUUGAAAACAGGGUAGAUCAACGUGAUCAAGUGCGCUGCCCACAGUUGAGUGCCAAUUUCACACUGUAUCAAUCGGGUCCAUAUUCAACCGAAACGGGGUCCGAAUAUCCGCUGGCCGACGGUCGGGAAUUUAACAGUGAACUCCCCCAUGGUGCGGCGGUGAAGAUAAAUUGCGGUGACGACGCUUAUCCCACACUAGGAAUUGAAAGGGCAUGGUGUCACAAGGGCCGCUGGUUGCCAAGGGAACCUAUCUGCAAAAAGUACUGCGCCCGACCGGCGUGUGUGGAUCUAAUUGAUGCAAUUACGCAUCUUCCGGUUCCGGAUCUCGUGAUGGACGGGGUCAAUGUCACAUGGACUUGCGCGGAUGGAAGUAAACUGAUGAACUAUUGCAUCGACGGAAGUUGGAGCUUUGGUACCCUAUCGUGUCUGAAAAGUGACAAACUACAGUGUGACGAUAGUUUCGUUGAUAAAAACCGGAAAUAGCUUGCAAACGUCUACACUUUUCUAGAUGUCAAAUAAGUCUAAAUCCUACUCAUUUGAAAUGUUUGAUUUACCGAAGGUUACAUGUGUAUUGAUAGUGAAUAAUUUAGAUUGCGACUCAAAGUAUUCUCAAUCCUGUAAAUAUUUGUUUAACCUGGCUUUUUUCACCUAAGUAAUCUCAUUUGCGUAUACAAUGUUGACCCAAUUGUUUCUAAAAUGUAAAAGGUGAUAAUAUAUCCUCAUGGAAUCAGAGACUAGUUUCCACCUCAUAAAUCUUAUUUGCAGAGAAAGUUUUGACAUGUUAAUGUUCUUAUAUGUAAAAGCACAUAUAUUUAUUCAAAGUUGAAAAAUAAACUGUGAUGCCAAUAAAACCAAAACGCGAUGUUGAAAACAAAAAAUAUACUAUUUUGAAAAGUAUGACUGUAUAUAAGCACACACACAGAGUAACCGUAAUGCACUCACCUAAAAAUAAUUAUGUAUGGUUUACAAUCUAAUCACAGCAACAUGAACGAAAUGGGAUAACCAUGCGUUUGUUUGGUGUGACAAACUGUAGAUAUCUUGUGACAUGGUGAUUGUUUUCAUUAUGAUAAAGACUCGACGACAAACGAAGAGUUCAAUUGAAGAAAAAUGUAUAUUAUUGUAUUAUUGUAUAUAUUUUGUAUCAUUCUGAAUACUACAUAUACUCACACAGUUUGUAUUACACUUUUAUAUUAUACAAUACGGAGAAUUA